ACAUUCAUACCCAAUACCGAGUUAAUAUCUCGCCUAAAAUCACAACCCCUAACCACGUCAGUGGACUGGUCCAUCUCUAAGUCCACCGAUCUGAAAACCCAAAAGGGUAUUUGUAUAUGAUGUAACAUACCUGGGUUUUUGCUAAUUCUUACAAAAGUUUUCUUUUUCUUUUAUCUUCAUUCACUUCUUGAAAAAAAAAAACAAUUACCCUUUUAAUUUCAUUGUUAUUUGUAUUCUUGGGGUAGAAACUUUUCUCCAAAAAUCUUUAAAGAAUGGCUACUGCUGCAAACCAUAGAAGUGUUAGAGAUAUUAUUUGUGAUGCUGGUGCUGGUGCCUCUGCAGGUGCUAUUGCUGCUACAUUUAUGUGUCCAUUGGAUGUUAUUAAGACAAGACUACAAGUUCAUGGUCUGCCUCAGAUAUCUCAGUCUGGUCGUCAAGGUAGCGUCAUUGUCACAAGUUUACAGAAUAUAAUAAGAACUGAAGGUUUCAAGGGACUUUAUCGAGGCCUUUCACCAACAUUAGCAGCUCUUCUUCCAAACUGGGCGGUGUACUUUACAGUUUAUGGACAUCUCAAGGAUUCAUUGCAUUCACAUGAUGCAGUGGAUAGCUGUGGGCAGCUUACAAUUGGUGCAAACAUGAUUGCUGCUGCAGGAGCGGGGGCCGCAACAGCCAUUACGACAAAUCCAUUGUGGGUUGUUAAGACCCGUCUCCAAACACAGGGAAUAAGGGAGGGUGUAGUUCCGUAUAAAGGUAUAUUGUCUGCUUUAAUACGAAUAGCACAUGAAGAAGGGAUCCGAGGAUGGUACAGUGGCCUCUUGCCGUCUUUGGCUGGGAUAAGUCAUGUUGCUAUCCAAUUUCCAGCAUAUGAAAAGCUGAAAUCAUACUUAGCAAAAAGGGCCAAUAAGCAAACCAAUGAACUGAGCCCUGGUGAAGUAGCGAUCGCCUCUUCGAUGGCCAAAGUAGUUGCCUCUGUAAUGACUUAUCCACACGAGGUCGUGCGUUCUAAACUACAAGAACAAGGGCAAAUAAGAAACUCGGAGAAAGCAUAUAAUGGGGUUGUUGAUUGUGUAAAGAAGAUCUUCAGACAGGAACGUCUGACCGGAUUCUACCGAGGUUGUGGAACCAAUCUUCUACGGACGACUCCCUCUGCUGUUAUUACAUUUACCAGUUACGAAAUGAUUCUUAGGUUAUUUCAGCGAGUUAUACUUCCAGAGGAGCAUUCAAAAGCAAAUCCGAGACGUGAAUCCCCUCAUAAGGUAGCCGAAGAACAUGGAGACAAUGACGAAAAUUUACAACAAUCUGAAAGCACAUUGAAUAAGAGAACUCCUUUAAUUCCAUUGAGUAACUCUGAUAAUCUAACCGCGAGACAUUGAUUAGAGAUGUUUUUCUUUUUGUUACUGAGGCAAUUUGCAACUAGUAUUUGCUGUUGCAUAAAAUUUUCUUUUGUAACUUGUAUUUUGGCUCAAGGAAGUGUUACAUUUCAAUCUAAUAAAGAAAGGUGCUAUAGUUUUCUGAUAA